AUGGAGCCGGAUAAUGCCCCGCACUCCAAACUCAGACAGGCUGGAGUCGGGGGGAGAACGUUAUUUCUCUACACAGUCCUCUACUGUUCAUGCUUUCUGGGAUUGGCCCAAGUGCAGCUUGAAGAUGUGGAUAUCCUCCAAAAGCUGGGCCUGGUGGGAAAAAGACCUUCAUCAGGGACACGCUCCAAUAUGCCUGGAGUCAUCCCUUUCAAGUCAGGGGUCAUUUUCACCCAACGAGCACGAAUCGAAGUACCCGUGAGCUCCGUGGUGCCGGCAUCUUCAAGCCUGGAACUCUCACUCAUCCUCAGCAUCUGCUCACAUCGCGUUAACAAUGCGUUCCUCUUCACCGUCGUCUCGAGGAGGAAGAGACUCCAGCUCGGGGUGCAGUUCAUCCCUGGAAAAAUUGUGGUCUAUGUGGGCCAGAAAAAUUCUGUAUAUUUUGACUACGAUGUCCACAACGGUCAGUGGCACAACCUGGCCUUGAGCAUCGAACCCCAAACGGUUACUUUAUAUACUUCUUGUGGGAAGACUAGUGUACAUGCAAAUUUGCAUUUUAAAAAUGAGGAGACUCUGGAUCCGGAAGGGUCCUUUCUGCUGGGCAAAACAAGCCAUAACUCUGUCCAGUUUGAAGGAGCGGUCUGCCAGUUUGACCUUCAUCCUUCGGCCAAGGCAGCUCAUAAUUAUUGUAAGUACAUUAAAAAACAGUGCAGGGAAGCCGACACCUUUCGACCCAACCUUCAGCCUCUUCUACCGCUGCUACCCCUGCAUCCAAAUAUCUCUGUCACUCUUCAGACUCCACUGACCGCAACAGAGCUGGUUAACAAAGGUUUUACCCCCAGUCUGCCACAAAACAAGAUUAAGAAGACCUCAGUUGGUGUUAAUACUUCCAUCCUAAUGACCACCAAGUCUAGCUCCUUGUCUCUCACCGUUCAUGGAACAGUGCCUCCAAGAAUAGCCAAACCAACCUUACAGCUUCCUGUGCAGACCAGGACUCCAACUGUUACUUCACAAUUAAGGACCACCAGAUUCCCCACAUCCCCCAAGCCUACUCAACCAAACAGUCCUACAAAAAAUGCUCAGGAAGUGUCUCCACAAUCCCAGAAAUUGAAAGCAAAUAGCACAGCCAGGCCAACCAGACAGAAAUCAGAAAGUGUGCAACCUUUGGCAGCCACCAAACUUCCUACCGUGGUAGCCCUCUCAAAGAGGCAGCCGACUACUAUAGUUGUGAAAAGAUCAGUACCAGAGACGACCACCCUUCGAUACACCAGGGACACCUUUUUUGAAGUCAUCACCCCUGCAGCCACAGACGGUUUCCAAACAUUUGACGUGGAACCAACCCAGUUUUCUCUCCUGGCCGGACCAUCUGGGCUAAAAGGAGAACCUGGAACACCGGGACCUCCAGGCCCACCCGGCAAGCCAGGAUUACAAGGGAAAAGAGGAGCACGGGGUCCUCCAGGUCCGCAUGGAAACCCAGGUCGCCCAGGAGUUCCCGGACUCAAGGGAAGGAAGGGAGACCCUGGACUCUCACCUGGCAAAGCACCAAAUGGAGCAAAGGGGGACCCUGGAUUAUUAGGACCACCUGGUUUACCUGGUCAGACAGGUCGAACGGGACAGAAAGGGUAUCCUGGUCCACCUGGCCAUCCUGGAGAGCCUGGCGAGCGAGGGACAGAUGGAAGCCCAGGUGCCAAAGGUUAUCCUGGCAGGCAGGGGUUGCCUGGGCCAGUAGGAAAUCCAGGACCGAAAGGAGUUCGGGGUUUUAUUGGAAUCCCUGGGCUCUUUGGUCUGCCAGGACCUGAUGGUGAAAGAGGUAUUCCUGGUGUUCCUGGGAAGAAGGGCAAGAUGGGUAGGCCGGGCUUUCAGGGGGAUUUCGGUGAGCAAGGACCACCGGGCCCCGAUGGAAACCCAGGGGAACUGGGUCCACCUGGUCCAAGUGGAGUACCUGGCCUUAUUGGGGACAUGGGACCUACUGGAAUCAUGGGUCUUCCAGGACCUGUGGGACUCAAGGGGGUGCCCGGAAAUCCAGGCGAGCCAGGACUGAAAGGUGAUAAGGGUGAAAUUGGUUUGCCUGGUGAACCUGGAGAGUCUGGAUACCAAGGUGACAAGGGUAUUCAGGGUUUACCAGGAAUGCCAGGCGUCCGAGGGAAGCCAGGGCCCCAGGGGAAGCCAGGAGAUCGUGGCCCUGAUGGUUUGGCCGGCCCCCCUGGCCCAGAGGGAUUUCCAGGGGACAUUGGACCACCAGGAGAAAAUGGCCCAGAAGGACCUAAGGGGAAGUCAGGAGUGAGAGGCAUUCCUGGUCCAAGAGGAGCUGCUGGGCUUGAGGGUGAUAUAGGACCAGUCGGACCACCUGGGCCUCCUGGACUGGAGGGCAGGCCUGGGAGGAAGGGAUUCUCAGGAAGUCCAGGAGCAGAUGGACCCAAGGGUGAACCUGGAAUAACUGGAAAUAUUGGGACGGUUGGUGAAAGGGGACUUGUUGGGUUCAGUGGGGCUCCUGGUGAACCUGGACUUCCUGGGGAAAAGGGCGAUCGAGGAGAGACGGGUCAGCCGGGGCCACCAGGAGAAAAGGGAGCGAUGGGACACACAGGAACACCGGGUGAAAGUGGGCCAUCUGGACCACAGGGAAUACCUGGGCCUCCUGGUUCUAGAGGACUUAGUGGCACAAGAGGACCCAAAGGCAGGAGGGGGCCUCUGGGACCUGAGGGACCACCGGGAGAGAACGGACCAGAGGGAAACAAGGGUGUAGAUGGUCCACCAGGGAAAUUGGGCUUGCCUGGGCAGAUGGGAAAAAUUGGUGAAACCGGGGAAGCUGGACCUUCAGGGUUUCAUGGCGUCCAAGGACCUUCUGGACCACCAGGAGCAAAGGGAAUCCCAGGACUGCCUGGACCUCCAGGGCCAGCAGGAACAAUGGGCCCUCUGGGAGAGAUCGGCUUAAAGGGACCACCAGGAAAAGUCGGGGAUGUGGGCUUGCCAGGUGAACCAGGAGAGAAGGGAGCUGUUGGGCCAUCUGGAAACACGGGUGAACCGGGCCUGAUUGGACCAAGAGGUGAACCUGGUGUUGAAGGAGAAGCUGGGCAGAGCGGUCCUGAUGGAGCCAAGGGUGAAAAGGGGGACAUGGGAGCCGAGGGCGAGCAACGUGAAAAAGGAGAGAUGGGACUAAAAGGAACAGAAGGGCCACCUGGGAAUCCUGGCAUCGUUGGUAUCAGAGGUCCUGAAGGCAAACCUGGUAAAAUUGGUGAAAGAGGCAAACCAGGAGAGCAGGGCAGCAAAGGUCCUCAGGGUCACCUGGGCGAGACUGGGACAGUCGGUGAACGAGGUCCUGUGGGUUUUCCCGGGCCAAAAGGAAACAGAGGAACCAUCGGAUUUGCGGGUGCACCUGGAAAAAUGGGCUUACCAGGAGAUCCAGGUCUGCCAGGAUAUGAAGGUCACCGUGGACCUCAAGGACCAAUAGGGCCUCCCGGACCAAAAGGCAUGAAGGGUGAACCAGGAGAUGAUGGGAAGAUUGAAGGCCCUGCUGGUCCUCCAGGUGACACCGGCCCUUUUGGACCUAGAGGGAACAGAGGAGUACCAGGCGACCCAGGUUACCCAGGUCAACAAGGUGUGAAUGGAGAAAGAGGCAAACCUGGAGCUCCUGGAUUACCUGGACAUCCUGGUCCAAGAGGCAUCAUGGGGCCCAAAGGAUCCAAAGGCGAUCAAGGCGCCAAAGGCAAAAAAGGCGCUCGGGGUGAAGCAGGCAACCGAGGGUCUUCUGGUUCUGUUGGUCUUCCUGGUCCCAGAGGAGUGGUGGGUCGAGAGGGACCCGAGGGCUAUCCUGGCAUUGAUGGAAUUCCUGGAAAAAAUGGGCCAAAAGGAAUACCAGGGGAGCAAGGAAGCGAUGGAGAAGUGGGGCUUCCUGGAAACACAGGGCCACGGGGUCAGCCAGGUCCACCAGGCUUACAAGGAAGUCAGGGUUCCUUUGGACCAAAGGGGGAGAGAGGUCUAUCAGGUGAGACUGGACCCAUUGGCAAGCGUGGACUUCCCAGAGGAAUGGGGAUGCAAGGGAAGCAAGGUGACCCUGGAGAUAAAGGGCAGUCUGGAGAUCCUGGUGAGCGGGGCUAUCCUGGCGUUUUUGGAAUAUUUGGACCUAAGGGUCCAGCAGGUGAUAUUGGACCUGGUGGUAUCCAAGGACCGAAAGGACCACAGGGCUUGAUGGGAAGGCAAGGUGCACAUGGACCAGUUGGGAUCAUAGGCCCCAGUGGCUAUCCAGGUCCCCAAGGAGACAAAGGGAAUCGAGGGGACAUGGGUGUACCAGGACCAAUGGGACCACCAGGUCCUCGUGGCCCCCCAGGACCCCCAGGCCCCCCUGUCAGUUCUCUAUCACUUAAAAACGAGGCCCUUGGUGCUGCAUUUCAAGUUAUAUUUGAUUCCUACUCUGCACUUAGAUCUGAGUCGUACACAGACCCGGACCUUCCUAUGCUGGACCAGGGAACAGAGAUCUUUAAGACCCUUCACUACCUCAGUAAUCUGAUCUACAGCAUGAAGAACCCCCUGGGCACACAGGAGAAUCCAGCUAGAAUGUGCAGGGACCUGCUGGACUGUGAGCACAGAUUAAACGAUGGCUCGUAUUGGAUUGACCCAAAUCUGGGCUGCACAUCUGAUAAAAUUGAAGUCACCUGCAACUUUACCGGAGGAGGACAGACCUGCCUGAGACCCAUCACUGCAUCCAAAUUAGAGAUGGGCGUGGGUGUGAUCCAGAUGAACUUCCUCCACCUGCUGAGCUCAGAGGCAGUGCAGCUCAUCACCGUUCACUGCCUGAAUGUACCUGUGUGGGCGGAUGGAGAGUCCAAACCUCCAUCCCACAAAGCCGUACGCUUCAAGUCAUGGAAUGGGCAGAUCAUUCAGGCUAGAGGACUCAUCCAGCCAGCAUUGCUAAAGGAUGAAUGCUGGAUUACAGACGGCCGGUGGCAUCAGACCCAGUUCCUUUUCCAGACGGACGAUCCUAACCUACUUCCAAUAGUGGAUGUUGUGAGCCUCCCGAGCAAGAAACCUGGCUCUAAUUAUCACCUAGAGGUUGGACCUGUGUGCUUUCUAUAAAGCACAGACAAAAGAGAAAUGGAGAUGAGAACUACAGCUUAUUUUCUCAGAAUGUUUCAUCUCGUACUGCUCAAACCUGGACUGCAAAUUCUUAAUGAAGGAACCCCAGAGCAACAAGACUCUUAAUGCUAGAGGCUCUGAUUACGAACAGCUCAUUUUAAAGAGCUAUUUCUCAUUUGACUUUAAUGAGGAUUGGGUGAGAGACUGUUCAAACUUAAUUUAUUUCCAUGUUGGUGCUUUCUGCACAAGAUUUUCUGUUACAGUGUGAGAGGAAAUGGGAGUUGAACAUGUAUUUGCAUUUACAGUACUUAUUUUGUAUUAUUUUGUUAUACAUUUUGUAUUUGUAUUUAUAUCUAUAUGUAUAUUUUUUGUAAAGUGCAAUGUGAGAUCUCGUUGUAUAAAGAUAAAUCGUAUAUUUGAUGUUUGUAAGGAAUUAAGGUUUACUGUCACUUGUGUGGGUGUUUUCAGGUUUGAUGCAUGACUGUGUCCAUGUGUGUGAAUAUGAUCUGUAGCUCUUGUUCAAAACAUACUAGGUGGAUUUUAAGAUGUAUUCACACACACACACACACACACACACACACACACACACAUACACUCCAAAGUGUAACACAUCAGGUUUAGUUCACAUUGAUGGAGGUGGAUUUAUUCAGACUUGAAAGUGUCAUUGUGUCUACCUCCAAUCUCAUGAUUUAUGGUGCUUUUGGGAGCUUCGAAAAAAUACAAUAAUGCGUCUCCUGUGGUUGAGCUGCCUUUCAAAGCCAGUUUGUACUUACUUUCAACAAAUGUCUAUACAUGAAGUGUGUUUUGUACUAAAGGGAAUAUUUUUGUAUAAACAGAAAAAUGAAAAAAAUGUCCUCAUGCAGCCAUAUUUUCAUGUGUAACAGUUUUUUUACAUAAUUCAGUCUGAAUGCCACCAGAAUUACCUUUAACACAAACUAAGCUACAAUGUUUCAUACUGUUUAAUAAAAAACAAGGAUUCUAUUUCUGCAGGUACUGAGGGCACCAGGGACUAAGAUUCAAUGUUCAUAUGAGUGAUCUGGUUUCCUCUUACAAACUACAAAAAUAAAUAAUUCAAAAAAAUUCAAA